GGCACGUUCAAAAUGAAAGCGCAUUCGACCUCCAAGAAUUUCCGAGAUUUUCCGAGAAUUUCUUAAAUCCCACGUCCGGUAAAACCCGCGCUUAAAUAAAACAUGUGAACCACUCGACUACGCCUGAAGAAAAUUAACGAAAAUUGUACCAUAUGAUUAUUUCAAUAUUUCAAACACGCUCCGGCUUAAAAAGUUCAUUGGAAUAUAUUUCAUAUCCCGUCACUACACAAAACGAAAAUGGAAUGCGUCCUGCACAAAGAAGAUCUUUCAAAAUGGAUGGAGAACCUGCCAAAUGAGAAGCAGUUAUGUCCACUGAAUCAGCUCGCUAUACCUGGUUCUCAUGAUUCGAUGGCAUUUUGGUUUAAUACUUCGAUGGAAUUGGCCCCAGACAAACCAAAAGUUAUUUCUACUAUCAGUAAUACGGUUGGGUUUCUUGAUAAUUACAUGAAAUCGCUCGUUAAUAAGUGGGCUUUGACCCAGACAUGGGAUAUAAAACAACAACUAUGUGGUGGAAUACGUUAUUUUGACUUGAGAGUGGCGUACAGAAAAGAGAGCGACGAUUUCCUGUUUGUGCAUGGUCUGUAUGGUCAUGCUGUUGAUGAAAUUUUAGAAGAGAUAAGAGUUUUUUUGACAGAGAAUCCAAAAGAAGUUGUUCUGUUGGAUUUCAACCAUUUGUACGCUAUGGAAAUGGAGGAACACCUUCGCUUGGCAAGUCUGAUUAAUCAAUGCUAUGGUAACAUGUUACAUUCACCAAGGCAAGAUAGAGCUAUAGCCAGUCUUCAAGAUCUAUGGUUGGCUGGUGAGCAGGUUAUUGUGUUUUAUCACAAUGUAUCCAUCGUUGAAAUGUUUCCAUCAUUUCAUCCAAGUGUAUUUAUCCAUUCCCAAUGGCCUGAUACUGAUGAAAUAGAGAAAGUUAUCGAACAUGUGUCUCUUCAGUGUCAAGCAAGCAAGACCCCUGGUCAAUAUCAUGUUACACAGGCUAUAGCAACCCCACAAGCUGCCACAAUCCUAAAAAAUCCCCGUGGUUCGUUAAAGAGUUCUGUUACAUGCAAAGUAAAUAAAGAUAUUUUGUCUUUACUCCGGUCAAGAGUGGAUGAUAAAACAUUUUCAUUAAAUAUUUUAUUAUUUGAUCAUGUUGAAUUUGAUGAUUUGAUAUCUAUCAUCAUUGGAUUUAACUAUAUCUACUGAUCAACUUGUCCUUUUGAUAUCUAAUGUACAUAUUGUGUAUACAUCUUUAGCUUAUAACCUUAUACUCAAUUUUGUCAUGCAUUUAGCAAUGCCCUUGCCCCUUGUGCGAAAAAUAUUUAAAGGGGGUUCUUAAGUACCAGUGAUAUUUAGUGUAUACAUUUUUAAAGGUUCCAUUUAGUUUAUAUUAUUUAAGCACUAGUUGAAGUUAGAAUAGCUAUACAUCCCUUUUGACCCUUUAUUAAGAUAUACAUCCAUAUAACAAGAGGUCUCUAAUAUUAUAUUUAAUGCAUAAUAUCACACAUUGUAUGAUAUAACUGUGUUACACAUAAAU